AUGGCUUUGGCAGAUUACUCUAUAGCGUUGUACAACUACUUUACAUCGCUUGCUAUUGUGCAACAAGCCAGUAUCAUUAUAUUAUUCCCAUUCAUUUAUAAUUUGUUAUGGCAAUUCUUUUACUCGUUUAGAAAAGACAGAGUACCAUUAGUAUUUCACUGGAUGCCGUGGGUUGGAUCUGCAGUGGUUUAUGGUAUGCAACCAUAUGAGUUUUUCGAAAAUUGUCGUACUAAAUACGGGGAUGUUUUUGCGUUUGUAUUAUUAGGUAAGGUGAUGACGGUUUACUUGGGGCCUAAAGGACACGAGUUUGUAUUGAAUUCGAAAUUGCAAGAUGUCAGUGCCGAAGAAGCAUAUACACAUUUGACGACGCCUGUGUUUGGAAAGGGUGUUAUUUAUGAUUGUUCAAAUUCUAGAUUAAUGGAACAAAAAAAGUUUGCCAAAUACGCCUUGACCAAGGAUUCUUUCAGAAAGUACGUUCCAAAAAUCAAGGAGGAAGUAUUGAGUUAUUUCACUGAUUCUGAAAACUUCAAUAUGAAAGGAAAAUCUAGUGGGGUUGUUAACGUUAUGGAAUCUCAACCAGAAAUUACUAUUUUCACAGCAUCGAGAUCUUUGAUGGGUGAUGAAAUGAGAAAGAAGUUCGAUGCAUCGUUUGCACAAUUAUAUACUGAUUUAGAUAAGGGAUUCACUCCAAUUAACUUCGUAUUCCCACACUUGCCUUUGCCUCAGUAUAGAAAGAGAGACGCUGCUCAACAAAAGAUCUCUUCCACUUACAUGUCGUUAAUUAGUAAAAGAAGAGAUACUGGAGAUAUUGAUCCAUCUCGUGAUUUGAUUGAUUCUUUGAUGACACAUUCUACGUAUAAAGACGGUGUGAGGAUGACUGACCAGGAGAUUGCCAAUUUAUUGAUUGGCGUUUUAAUGGGUGGACAACACACUUCAGCUUCUACUUCAGCUUGGUUCUUAUUACAUUUGGCUGAGAAUCCAAGUUUACAAGAUGAAGUAUACGAGGAAAUUUUAUCGGUAUUGAAACAGAAGAACGGAUCAUUUAAUGAUUUAGAUUAUGAUGAUUUACAAAACAUGCCUUUGCUUAACAAUAUUAUCAAAGAAACUUUGAGAAUGCAUAUGCCAUUGCACUCUAUUUUCAGAAAGGUCAAGAAUCCAUUGUUAGUUCCUAAUACCCAAUAUGUUGUUCCUAAAGGUCACCACGUCCUCGUCAGUCCUGGUUACGCCAUGACGAAUGAAAAAUGGUUCCCGGAAGCUGCAAAAUUUAAGCCUCACAGGUGGGACGAAACGGCUAAGGCAACUGGAAAUGAAGACACUGUUGACUAUGGUUUCGGUGCUAUUACAAAAGGUGUGGCUUCUCCCUAUUUACCUUUUGGUGGUGGUAGACAUCGUUGUAUUGGUGAACAAUUUGCGUAUGUUCAAUUAGGUACUAUAUUGUCUACUUACGUUUAUAAUAUGAAAUGGUCUUUGAAAGACGGUAAAAUGCCUGAAAUUGAUUAUGCAUCAAUGGUCACUUUACCUAUGGAACCUGCCGAUAUUUGUUGGGAAAAAAGAGAAAAUUGUGUUAUUUAA